GCACCCUUACGACAAGCGGGGCCUGGCGCUGCACUGCGAGAUGUGGAAAGCCAAGCUGGAGCCCGACGCCAUCAUGAUUGCCUUUCGGCCCUGCAGCCGCACCCCCCCGCGCUUGCCCAGAGACCCCGCGCCACGUCGAGCUGAUGUCGUGGACGGAGUCCACAGGUCUGCCCUAGUCAGCUACAACGCUGGGAUCAGCGCGUGCGAGAAGGGCGGUGAGCAGUGGCAGGCGGCGCUUGCGCUGCUGAGCGAGAUGUGA